AUGUGCAGAAUGUUUGGAGUGUUGUCCUUGGCCUAUGUGGCUAUCUUCAUGUUGACGGUGGUACACUGUAAGGAAGUAUCCAGCUCGGGACUUGUGGAUUUUCUAAAUAAAGAUAGCAGUAUGGGUCGUACGUUUGGACACAACGCUCUGAAACGUCUCUCAUUCAUCUUCCUUCCGGUGAUGUUCACACUGGGCGUCAUCUCCACUCUCUUGAUGUCACUAGCUGUGAUCUCCGUGAAAAACCUCGCGAUAGGCGUUGUUCUCCUGAUUGUAGCCGUUAGCCAAGCUGUUUCGAGGCUGUUUUCUGCGGCUGCCGCACCUGCACCGUUAGUGUUCCACCCACGUGCUGAACUCCUGCCCGCACCUGCAGUACCUGCUCCAUGGCCCCCAACGGGCCCUCUCCUAUCACCAUGGGCCAGAUCCGAUAACGAUGCGACUAUAUCUGACUAA